GUGGGUCCCGGCAGGGUGGCCGGGCGCCGGGCACGGCCGCCACAGCCUCGCUGGUGCCGAGUCUACACCGCGGUGUGAGCCCCGGCAGGGCCUUAGCUUCCUGGGCCUGUCUGCUCUGUAAAAAGGGUGUCGUUUACCUCAUUGAGUUGUUGGGAGAAGGAAAUGGGCGAGUGAUUGUGCAGCGUACGCCCUGAGAGAAAACGCCAUCCGCAGUGGUUUUUAGGCAAUCCAGUCGUGAAAGUGACGCUUUCCAUUUGUGCAGCCUUCAACAAGUUGGCUCAGUAUCGCUGAAUCUCAUCGUUUAGAAAAGAAAUGUGGAAUAAUGUGAAUGUCAGUCAUGCAUAGUUGUGAAGAUUGAAUGAGCUCUUAACGUUAUUACUGUUGUUUUGUGAGUCUGUCUCAAAAAUACGUAGUAGUUGGUUUACAAGCCUCUGGCACCUGGUGAAUGGUUACCUCGUGCCAAGGAACAGUCUGCUAGUUUAGGGAGAGAAUGGAGCCCUAGAAAGUGAUUCCCAGUGUUUACUUGUGGAUGUGUCACAGCGCUGCAAGAAGCCUCAUUUUUUAUGGCUCCUUUUUUUUGUGUUCUUGAUCUGCCUUCUCAGGACACUCCUACUCUUUAAGACAGGAGGCUGGAAAGAGGACUGUGUUGACAAGUCAUGUUCCCGGUGACAUUUAGUGAUGUGGCCAUAGACUUCUCUCAUGAAGAGUGGGGAUGGCUGGAUUCUGCUCAGAGGGAUUUAUACAAGGAUGUGAUGGUCCAGAAUUAUGAGAACCUGGUUUCUCUAGCAGGUCUUUCCAUACCUAAGCCAUAUGUGAUCAGCUUACUGGAGGAUGGGAAAGAACCUUGGAUGGUGGAGAAAAAACUGUCAAAAGGUAUGUUUCCAGAUUGGGAAUCAAGAUGGGGAAACAAGAAAUUAUUAACGAAGGAGGAUAUUUAUGACGAAGAUUCACCCCAAACGGUAAUAAUAGAAAAAAUUAUAAAACAAAGUCAUGAAUUUUCAAAUUUUAACAAGGACUGGGAAUAUAUAGAGAAGUUGGAGGGGAAACAUGAAAAUCAGGUAGAACAUUUCAGACCGGUGACCCUCACCUUUAGAGAAAACCCCACUGGGGAAAAUGUUUACAAAUACAAUACAUUUAGAAGCAUCUUCUAUUUAAAGUCUAUUCUUUCUGAACCACAGAGAAUUUCUGCUGAAGGGAAAUCACAUAAACAUGAUAUAUUUAAGAAGAGCUUACCAAAAAAGUCUUUUAUAAAAAAUGAGGAGAUCAAUGGUGGAAAGAAACUUUUGAAUUCUAAAGAAAGUGUGGCAGCCUUCAGCCAGAGCAAAUCUCUUACCCUUAAUCAGACUUACAAUAGAGAGAAAGUCUAUACAUGCAAUGAAUGUGGGAAAGCCUUUGGCAAACAAUCAAUCCUUAAUCGCCAUUGGAGAAUUCAUACAGGAGAGAAACCAUAUGAAUGUCAUGAAUGUGGGAAGACUUUUAGCCAUGGCUCAUCCCUAACUCGACAUCAGAUAAGUCACAGUGGAGAGAAACCUUACAAAUGUAUUGAAUGUGGGAAGGCCUUUAGCCAUGUGUCCUCACUUACUAAUCAUCAGAGUACUCACACUGGAGAGAAACCAUAUGAAUGUAUGAACUGUGGAAAGUCGUUUAGUCGUGUUUCACAUCUCAUUGAACAUCUGAGAAUUCACACUCAAGAAAAACUCUAUGAGUGUCGAAUAUGUGAGAAGGCCUUCAUUCAUAGGUCAUCUCUCAUUCACCAUCAGAAAAUUCAUACCGGAGAGAAACCUUAUGAAUGUAGUGAAUGUGGAAAAGCCUUUUGCUGUAGCUCACACCUCACUCGACAUCAAAGAAUUCACACUGUAGAGAAACAAUUCGAAUGCAACAAAUGUCUGAAAGUCUUUAGCAGCUUGUCAUUUCUUAUUCAGCAUCAGAGUAUUCAUAAUGAAGAAAAGCCUUUUGAAUGUCAAAAAUGCAGGAAAUCCUUCAACCAGCCAGAAUCACUGAAUAUGCAUUUAAGAAAUCACACUAGAUUGAAACCUUAUGAAUGCAGUAUAUGUGGGAAAGCCUUCAGUCAUAGGUCAUCCCUGCUUCAACAUCACAGAAUUCAUACUGGAGAGAAGCCCUAUGAAUGUAUUAAAUGUGGGAAGACCUUCAGCUGUAGUUCAAACCUUACUGUACAUCAGAGAAUUCAUACUGGAGAAAAGCCAUAUAAAUGUAACGAGUGUGGGAAAGCUUUUAGCAAAGGCUCCAAUCUUACUGCCCAUCAGAGAAUACAUAAUGGAGAGAAACCCAAUAGUGCAAUAAGUGUAGAAAAGCCUUUAGGCCAUAUGAAUCAUUAUACAUGUGAAAAAUCACACAAGAGAGAAACUGUAUGAAUAGAAUAUUUGUCAUAAUACACUUUAGCCAUAGAUCUUUCCUGAAAAUUUAUGCUGGAAAAAAAGUCUUAUGAAUGUAAUAAAUAUGGGAAGGUCUUUAGCAGUGGUACAAGCCUUACUGUCCAUCACAGUUCACACUGUAGAGAGACUAUUUAUUGCCUUCAUACUGCCUAUGAAAGCAAUAAAUGUGGGAAAGCCUUUAGCCAGUAUUAAUCCCUUAAUUCACAUAAGUCCACACUGGAGAAAAACCCUAUAUAUGUAACAUGGGAAAGACAUUAAGCAAUAUGAAUUUCUUAUUGAGUACACACGAGAGAGAAGCAAUAUAAAUGUAAAAAUUGUGGCAAGUCCUUCAGUUAAGGUGUAUUCCUUAUUCUAUAUCCACUCACACUGGAGAGAGCUUAUAUGAGAAGUGUAGCAAACUGUUCACUGAGAGUUUUUAUCUUGCUAGACAUCAGAAGAUUAACGCUAGAACAGCCUGAAGGAUGUAGGAGUUACGUGUAAAUCUUUCUUUGCAACGAUGCUGUUUGUAAGCAGUUCUACAGAAGAGCAAAUGAGUAGAUUGUAACUGAAUAUGCCUUAUAGCAGUAGCAUGCAAUUUUACUCAAGUCCUACAUAAAAGUUUCUUUAGCUAAUGAGCAUGUGAAGAUAUUUAGUCACCCAGUGGAUCCAGAAAAUGUUUUAAAGUUAAAAAUUAAAGCUGCAAAAGAAGUAAAAGGUGGUGUGAAUAAAGUUUUUGGUCUCUAAUAAAAUCAGUUUGUAUAUAAUGAA